AUGGCCGAACUAUCCCCCACCCACUCCCCCACCGCACCUCUCAGCAUCACAACCGAUCCCUCAACUUCGGAAGCCAUCUCCAGGAUAAGCACCCAGCCAGUCAAAGCACACGGCAAGAUCAAGACCGCCACGCACAUCCCUCUGCACAAGUACCAGCUGACGCACAACCUCCUCUACGAGCGCCACUUCUUCGGCGAAUCGUACAUCUCGGCCCAUCUAACCCGGCUCCAGAACGGCGUCUUCGUCUCCCCCAACAUCCACGCAGAUGCGAACUGGGACCAGCAGGACGAGCGCCUGUCCAAGACAUUCGUGACGUUUGUGGCGAUCGCGUUCACGUUCCACCCGUCGCUGAGCGAGGAGCACCGGUUUAACAGUGCGGUGAUUGAGAUCACGGCGAAGGAUGGUGCCGGGGAGCCGUUGCGAGUGUUGAGGUUCGCGCCGCAUAUGGUGUACGGGAGGAUCAGCAGUGCGAGUCUGAGGUGGAAUUUCCAGGGUCCUGCGAAGGCCACGGUAGAUCCCAAGAUUGGCUAUGAGAAGGAUCUGGUUGUGGGGAGCUUCAUGAGAAUUCAGGGAUCUACGCGGAGUGCCCCACCCAGUCUUCAAUCAUCACCCAGGAUUCCCGAUACUGCCCUUGUCUGGUCUUUGGAAGAAAAUUCACAGCAGGAGGGAGGCGUCCCGCGCGAGUUCACAUUCGUUUUCCUGCUCGAACGGCCGCUUCCAAGGAGUUCUAAAUCCAAGUCCAGACUGGGAUCAUUGUCUCAAAGCGAACGUGAUGCCGAGACUAUACCUCGUUUAAAAUCACAAACAGCGAUGAAAGAGGGAGAAAGGUCCCUCCAGUGCUGUACACCAAGACCGGCGCUAGCGGGGUACGAGAGGGUCGCGGGGAUAGAUGAGCAGAUUUCACGUCCACCUGUACCCCCUCGAUCGCCACCUCCUACCAAGAAGCUUGUCAAGAGAUCAGUCGAUAUGGCUCACGCCCUUGCAGCAAAAGCGCAAUGUAUUCAUACCAGAGUCAAAGAACUCGAGGACGAAUUGGCCCACCUUUACAACAAGGUCGAAGCACAGGUAGAAGCAAAUAUGGGAGGCGCCGAGCCACUGCGUGUCACUGGGGAGCUUCUCAAUGCUAGGAAACUGUCUGCCGCAAGCACGGUAGCCCCCGGGAGAGUCUUCACUCCCAUCCGGUUUCAAAUCUCGAUUAAGCCACGCAUUGCUAACGCCCCAGACAAAAGCACGAAUCUCGUCGCGAGUGAAUUUGACGAGUCCAUUGUGGAGGGCCAGGUGGGACAGCGAUUCGGUGCUUUUGAGGAGGAGGAGGAGGAAGAGGAGGGCGGCGAGAGCGUACUUGUUGGCGGCCUGUACAAUUUCGCUGCCAUGGGAGGCCACUUUGAGGAUUUAGUCGAGCUGCCUGGAAGCUCAGUUGGGACCAUGGAACCUUCAUUGCCGGUAAGAAUAGUAAAGAGACCAGAACGUACCCACCUACAAGCCUACAAGAUUAUUGUUCUUGCCAUACCUCGUGAUUUUGUGAUUUAUGACAGGAGCGGUCCGAAAGCAUUGGAAUAA